UUUUCACAGAAAAUGUCGAAGAGCAGUGAUCAGAUUGUGCUCGAAAGACGGCUGAAGCCUAUAUAUGAUGCAAUAGAUGCAGGUAACAACAAAAAAGCAAUGCAAGAAGCAGACAAGGUUUUGAAAAAACAUCCAAAUACUCACUGCGCUAAGGCCCUGAAGGCAUUAAGUUUAAUUCGAGCUGAACGUCUAAACGAAGCAUGGCCGCUAAUUGAAGAGACUGAAUCAAUGAAGGAUGAUUUUGAUGAAAAUACUCUUCAAGCACUAUGCCAUUGUUUUAAGGAAGCUUACACUCCUGAACGAAUAUCACUGUUGUAUGAAAAGAUUUGUACACGUUAUCCAAAAAAUGAGCAAUACUUGACGCAUUUAUUUAUGAGUUAUGUUCGUGUACGAAAUUACAAGCAGCAGCAAAAAACAGCUCUAGCACUGUACAAAGAAUUUCAGCGAAACCCGUAUUUUUUUUGGAAUAUUAUGAGCAUCGUGAUGCAAGCAAUCUCAGGAGAUGAGCAGUUAGCUCAAACAAUGUUAUAUCCACUCGCUGAAAAGUUGGUGGCAAAAAUGAUUGAUUCCAAUUUGAUACAAACGGAAGCUGGUUUACCUGAUGAUUGGUCUUUAUGGACGUUCUUAUUUGAUUCAACAUUUGAAUUGCUGAAAAGCAUAGACGAAGAACUUAAGAAGAAGUAUGUUGUUUUUUGA